UCAAUUAAACUAGUUCACAUUUGAACAGUGCAACUCUAGUUUUUUUUUUUUUAAUACAUAUGUGUUUUAAAAACAUAUGCAGAAUCGGGCAAAUAAAACGGAUAUAACCGAUUGGACAGGAUCAAAAAUAGAGCAAAUUAACCCACAACGUUGAGGGCGACUGCGACUGCGAGAGAGCGACCAUGGUGUGCAGCGCGUGUGCGUGUGUGUGUGUUUUGUACCGUGUUGUCUGAUUGUGUGCCGUUGUUGUUUUUGUUGUUGUUCUUGCUGUUGCUGUUGUGCGUGUGGUCGACGGACGGACAGUGGGACACAACGACAGUGGACAAUCCGGUGGCGGAGCAGUCCGGUGGGCAGGAGGGCAGGAUUAGCCGCAACAUCCUUACUCGUCCGAAACAAUAGCAAGCUGAAACGCAGGAAAGCAAGAGAAAACAACAAAAAAGAAAAAAAAAAAAAAGAGGAGAAACAGAAAACAAAAACAAAGAAGAGGUUCGGGGUUUCCAUGUCGCCAACUGCGGGUCUUUGAUGCCCUCGCAGGUCUACCGAGGAGUGGACACCACCAACAUGCUGCCGAUCAGCGAGGAGCAGCAGCUGCAACAGCAGCAGCAGCAGCAGUUGGAGCAACUGCAUCAUCAGCAGAUACCAGAGAUUCCAAUACCAGAUCUAGAUCAAGUCGAGACCCAGGUGGGCGAUGGCAGCCUAUGGACCGCUCUGUACGACUACGAUGCCCAGGGCGAGGAUGAGCUGACCCUGCGGCGCGGCGAAAUCGUCGUGGUCCUGUCCACGGACAGCGAAGUAUCUGGCGAUGUGGGCUGGUGGACCGGCAAAAUUGGAGAUAAGGUUGGUGUCUUCCCCAAGGACUUUGUCACCGAUGAGGAUCCACUGCAACUGAAUGUCUCGUCCGCCAUUGGCGACAUCCAGCCGCAUGAGAUCGAGUACAGUGAGCUGGACAUCAAGGAAGUCAUCGGUUCCGGUGGCUUCUGUAAAGUCCAUCGUGGCUACUACGAUGGCGAAGAGGUGGCCAUCAAGAUUGCCCAUCAAACGGGCGAGGAUAAUAUGCGGGAUAACGUACUGCAGGAGGCCAAACUAUUUUGGGCCCUCAAGCACGAAAACAUAGCAGCCUUGCGAGGAGUAUGUCUGAAUACCAAACUCUGUCUGGUGAUGGAGUACGCCAGGGGAGGCAGUCUUAAUCGCAUACUAGCUGGCAAGAUACCACCCGAUGUCCUAGUCAACUGGGCCAUACAAAUAGCCAGGGGCAUGAACUAUCUGCACAAUGAGGCGCCCAUGUCGAUUAUACAUCGCGACCUCAAGUCCUCCAAUGUGUUAAUCUACGAGGCCAUCGAGGGCAAUCAUCUGCAGCAGAAGACGCUCAAGAUCACCGAUUUCGGCUUGGCCAGGGAGAUGUACAACACGCAAAGGAUGAGUGCGGCGGGCACGUACGCUUGGAUGCCACCGGAGGUCAUCAGCGUUAGCACCUAUUCCAAAUUCUCCGAUGUUUGGAGCUACGGUGUAUUGCUGUGGGAACUGAUAACGGGCGAGACGCCGUACAAGGGCUUCGAUCCGUUGUCCGUGGCCUACGGCGUGGCUGUCAAUACGCUGACCUUGCCCAUACCAAAAACCUGCCCAGAGACUUGGGGAGCCCUAAUGAAAAGCUGCUGGCAAACGGAUCCGCACAAGCGACCUGGCUUCAAGGAGAUUCUCAAACAGCUGGAGAGCAUCGCCUGCUCCAAGUUCACCCUGACGCCUCAGGAGUCUUUUCACUACAUGCAGGAGUGCUGGCGAAAGGAGAUCGCGGGCGUGCUGCACGAUUUGCGCGAAAAAGAAAAGCGUUUCCAAACCAUCGAAGAGGAACUGCGCAACAAGGAGGAGCAGCUGCUCAGGGUGCAGAACGAGCAGCGCGAGAAGGCGAAUCUCCUGAAAAUUCGCGAGCAGAAACUGCGCGAGCGUGAAAUGGUGCUGAUCGAACGGGAGCUUGUCAUGAUGCAGCCGGUGCCAUCGAAACGCAAACACAAAAAGGGCAAGAAGAACAAACCGCUGCAGAUAUCGCUGCCCACGGGCUUCCGGCACACGAUUACGGCCGUACGCGACAAGGCGGAGCAGCCGGGAUCACCUUCCUUCUCCGGAUUGCGCAUUGUGGCACUGACCGAUGGGCACAAGGGCAAGACGUGGGGCCCAUCAACGAUGCACCAGCGGGAGCGAUCCCUACUGCCAUCGCAACUGGGCGGCGGUCAGCCGGAAUGGCCCGCCCAAACCUCAACCCACUCCUCAUUCAGCAAGAGUGCUCCGAAUCUGGACAAGAAGCAACAGCAACAGCAGCAGCAGCAGAACCAGCAACAGGUGGCCUCGCUGACACCGCCGCCGGGCUUGGGAACUUUGGGUGGAGGUGGAAGUGGAGGCGCUGGUGGGACGCCGGCCACAUCCUUGUUGUACCCAGGUAUACCCUUUAUACUAACGCGCCCCAACAACAACAACAUUGGCAAUUGUAAAGCCAUCACCACCACCAUCACAACCACGACCGCCACCACCACCACCACCACCAACAACAACAACAACAACAGCAUCUCCGCCAACAACAACAACAAUCAGCUAAAUAAUAAUAGUACUAUUAAUAGCAAUAACAAUAACAGUCAAACUAACCUAACCAACCAACCGAACACGAUAAUCAUCCUCCAGAACGGGCGGAGCAACACCAACAACAGCAGCACCAGCCGAUCCCCAGCCAAGAUCUACCAUCGCGCCAGGAGUCAGGAGUACGGACUGGAUCAUCCGCAUGGCUAUCAGCCACCACCACUCUAUUUGGUAACGGAUGACAGCUCGGAAACGGACACUGUGGCCAGUCCGACCGGUUGCUUUCACUUCCUGCGGCCCGGCCACUCGUCCGCGGCCAGUGGUGCAGUGCAUCUGCAGCGCUUUGGCGGCAGUCUGGGCAACAGUCCAGCUGUGGGCAGAAAGAAGCAUUCGCUGGACAGCAGCAGUCAUCAUCCGCCACCAAAUAGUAGCAAUAGCUUCGCACUGCACAACCAAUUAACUAUGCCAUCAGAGGACAACAAUACGUAUGAUCAUGCCUUCUAUCGGGAUGUGUUCAAGAAGAUGUCCAUGGCCAGCAGCGAACGGGUGAACUCCAAGUCCAGUGGCGACCUGACCAUGUACAACUCCAGCACACCGCUCACUGCCAGGGAUUGCGAUGAUGCGGAAGAGGCCUUCGAGGGCGGACGCUUUCAGCGUAACUUCUCCGGCUCGCAGUUUCCACGCCACUGCUUCUUCACCAGGCAGGAGGAAGAGGGGGAAGGGGAAGCGGAUGAGGCGGAGGUGGACACAGCAGAAGCGGAAGCCGAAGACGACAGUCAAGUGCCCGUCAGUCAGAUGCGCCAAAACUCCACCACCUCGCGCAAGAGCUCAGUGACGUUCCAGAGCGUCAGUUUCGAAGAGCCAGAUUUCGUGACCACCACGCCACGAACGACUGCCAGAUCGGAUGUAUACACAUCUAAUGCCUCCAUUAGCUUUGCCACCUAUCGCUCUGCCUCGCCAUCGCUGUCCUCGUCCUCCACCACUGCAUCCGCCUCCGCCUCCAUUGCUUCUACCGAAGCCGUGAACGGCUAUCACAUGCAGGAGAACUCGAUACUGAACACACGUCGCAUGCAAGACGUUCAGCCGCAUCCCGAUGUCAUCAAGCUGAAGGAACACUUGCGCGCACAGGAACAGCGCCAGCAGAGCAAGAACCUAAAGAAGCAGCGGCCGAAGCACAUUACCAAAUCCAAGAGUGUUGAGGCGCCUGUCGAGGGACAGCAGCACCAUCAUGAUGACCACCAUAUUGAUCAACAGCACCAGCAUCACUCGGCUGGAUCGAGCAAAAUUCGCGCCUUUUUCAAUCUGUUCACGCGAUCGCGUAAGCAGUACAGCAAGCUGGCGGAGCACAACAUGGUCGGUGGCUCCGAGUUCUGUGCCAUUGAUCCCUAUCAAACCGAUUUGGCCAUCGGCGGCAGCAGUCGCUCCCUGAAGCGCAAGGGCAAGAAGCCGCAAACGCAAUCCUGCGAGCAACUGGAGCGAUGCUAAAGUGCCACUAAAGCAGAAGUUGGGGAGCUGUGCUGCUGUUGGAGUUGGAGUUGGCCGCCAGAGGAGAACCGCCUAAUUAGCUCAUUGUUUUAUAUUAAAACUGUAGACUAAGUCAGACGCAAACGAUGAAAAGAGAGAUGAAACACCAGACGACAGAAGGACUUCCUCUGAGGAUUAGCAAUAGCUAAUGUGUCAAAAUAGGAGGGCCCAGAUACCCAGAUACCCAAUUGCCUCCCCGUCUAACAAAAUCACUAAACAUAACAACCAAACUCCCCCGUCCGAGGUUGGCAUAAUAAUAAUAAUAAUAAUAAUUCAUAAUAACCGAAUUGUUCCUAACGAAUGCAAUAUGCAAUAUUCACACAAACAUACACACACAAGUUAUCCUAAUUAGUCCAGUGAUUUUUUGCCAGGGGAGCGGCUAGAAAAUUGCAAAAAUAGUACAGAUGAAGGACGAACUUUUACGGAUCAAACGGAUAGACUAACGCCGCUUAUACGUAGACAUCAGAAA